AUGUCGUCUCAACUGAACGACUCGUCUCGCAGUACGGAUCCCGCCUCUGCCCAGCCAGAUACAACAAACUGUCCCAAGCCUGGCUUCAUUCCGAAAUCGCUUCGCGCAAGGAAGAGAUUCUACGACCCCAGUCUGACUGCGGGGAUGCGCCCACCCGACACAAACAUGAUAACAGAUGCUCCAAGUGUGGAAGCCGCAAAAGAGCGUGUAUGGACCGAGGAAACCCAAAACCUCCGCGGAGAAGCUAUCAAACUGCUGGCCGCCAAGCUCUCCAGAUUCAGGAAGCUCAGCCCUCCUCACGCCGCGAUCAUGCAACGUCAGCCUGAGGUCUUUGCGAAGCAAUGGGAGUCCGACAUCUGGACCCGAUCGAUGCAAAGCUCCGACAGGAAGAAGUACGACGAUGAAGUCAGAUCAACCUUGCGACUCCUCACCAAGUGCGACAAGAAGUAG